AUGUGUCAAAGCACUCCAAAAGCUGCUGGUGGUGGUUUUGUCGAUACGCUGAUAGAUAAGUUACCAUUCGAAGUACACUUACCUUCUUACCAGUUCUGCGGUCCAGGGACACGUCUUCAAAAAAGGUUAGCCUUAGGUCAGAAAGGCAAUAAUAAAUUAGACGCUGCAUGCUUACAGUAUGAUAUUGCAUAUCAGAAAUCUGAUUUCACAGCGAGACACGUUGCUGAUUAUCAACUUGAGCAAGACGCUUGA